CAAGCAAAAUAAUCCUGGCAUGUGAUUUUAUAGUCCUGUUUGGACUUAUAUGGCUACUAUAAUGGUUUCAGAAUAUGCCACCGCACUUAUAUCAGCAUAUAUUAAUCUUGUUUUUACUCAAGUACGCUUACUCUUACAAUUUGGACUUAUAUCGGUAUAUAGGAUCACAAUUCAUGGCUACUACUGGACUUAACCUCCUAUAAGAGCAUGUAUUAAGAUUAAUUACUCUCAAGAGGAACUACUCCGACAACCCAGACUUAUAUGCGCAUAUAGGAUAUCGCUUUAAGCGCAUUUUAAUCUCCAGGCUCCUAUAUGAGCAUAUUCGAGGAAAAUAUGCACUGAGGAACAAUCACUCUUUUUAGUCUUACUUAUAGUCUCAUAUAAGCAUUUUUUCUGUGACCAAUAUAAGUCAAUUCAAUUUAGACUACUAAAGAGCACUUAGGUUUAAAGUUUGUAAUUCAUAUUAACAUCAAAUGGAUUUUAUUCCAUAGAAAAGAUAUAAUCGAAUAAAUCUAAAAAACCCUCGUCGGAAAUCUUUAAAGGCUACUUUUGAUCGAAAUAACCUAUAUAAGCAAAAGCGAGCUUAUGACGGUUUCACAAAUCCGGAAAAACUUAUAUCACGACUCUGUAGGCAAAAACACACUUUAUAUGGGUUUAUCAUAUGCCGAUAUAAGCCAAGGUCGAUUUACAGAGGCAUUCCACAGUAGCAUUAUAAUCUAAAAAAUCCAGAAUAAUCCUGGUUAGAACCCUAAUAAGGCCAAUUUUGCUUUAAAUCACCAAUAUAAGAAAAAAUGAGCUUUAAACGGUUUUACGAAUCCAGAAAAGCUUAUAUCAGGACUCGUUAGGCAAAAAUGCACUUAAUAGGGGUUUGUCAUAUGCCGAUAUAAGCCUGGGUAGAUUUAAAUGGGUAUUUCAUAGUAGUGCUAUCGUCUUAGAAACCUUAAAUCAAUCCUGGCUAGAACUCUUCAAAUGCCACUUUUUCUGGAAACAACCGAUAUAGUCGAAAACACGAUUUGAAUGGUUUUCCAAAUCUUACUGUAGGAUUUGUGGCCAGCCAUUAUUGAUCACUCAUAAUUCACGAUUUGUUCUUUGUUGUUCUGAAUGAUAUAAAAAUGGAUUUAGAUCAGUGGAAGCGGUUUAAAAAGAGUGGUUCUUAUAAACGAAAGGUUAAGAAAACCUACCAGGAAAUGUUAACCGGAGUGAGCACUGACUUUUUAAAUUUAUCGGGUAAAGACUGCAUCGCAAAUUCAGGUGAGGGUUCCGGACAAAAUAACUUUAGUAGUACUUCGGAUGGAAGGGGUUCGGACUAUGAAAGCAAUAAUGAAAAAUCAUCAAGCGAUUAUGAAAGCGAUGAAAAGGAGGAAAAUCUUUCUGAUUACAACAAAAAUUUCGAAUUGCGUUAUUCUAUGAAAAACUGGGCUUUAAAUUACAAUAUUUCUCAUGCUGCUUUGAACUCUUUACUUCAAAUUGUAAAUAUCAGAUUAAACGACGUUUUACCUCGAGAUGCGCGAACACUUCUAGGCACAAACAGAGAAAACCUACAAAUUACCAUUUCAGCCCCAGGACACUACUGGCACAAUGGCCUGAUCAAAUGUUUGAAAAGAAUUUUCGAAAAUGUUUCGUGUCUACCAAAUGAAAUUUCUCUAAACAUAAAUAUUGAUGGACUACCAGUUUUCAAUAGUUCGCGAUACCAAUUUUGGCCCAUAUUGUGUACCGUCUUCGAGAUACCAAAUUUGGCUCCGUUUGUUGUUGGUAUCUAUGCCGGAGAUGGAAAACCAUCGGACCUAGACUCAUUUUUGAAGCCUUUCGUGACAGAAAUGAAGCAACUUGAAGAAGGAUUAAUACUUAACGCUGCUCAUGACUCAAACGAAGAAAAAAUUAUCCACGUAAAACUGAGAGCUUUUAUCUGUGAUUCACCAGCUAGAGCAAUGAUAAAAGGUAGGAUAAUUUUUUUUAGUUUACAGACAAUAUUAUUAUAUUGCUUCACCUCCCAUCAAACUCUAUGUACUAAAAGGAUUUUAGAAUUAUCAGGCCAAGCUAUCAGUAAAGGUACUUACACAUUAAUUCAGAAAAAUCUUUAAGUACCGUCUUCUUUUUCGUACGAGUUACUUACUUCUGCUUACUAAGAUGAACACCACAAUAUGAAGGUAUUUAACCAAUUUAUACUAUUUUU